UUAUUUAUAUGUUAUGUUGAUACUUCAUGAAUGCACAAUAAUUUAUUGAUAGUAUUUUUAUAAUAUCAUUCUUUUCAAAUAAAAUAUUAUGACUACUCUACGGCCAUUCACCUGCAAUGAUUUAUUGAAAUAUAAUGCUGUAAAUCUUGAUCCACUAACGGAGACCUACGGUCUGUCAUUCUACAUGCAAUACCUGGCCCAUUGGCCUGAGUACUUCCUAGUGGCCGAAUCUGCCAGUGGAGAGAUCAUGGGCUACAUAAUGGGAAAAUCGGAGGGGCACGGGGAGAACUGGCAUGGUCAUGUGACUGCCCUCACUGUCUCCCCCUACUACCGACGGUUGGGGUUGGCUGCUACCCUUAUGACUUCGCUGGAGGUUGUCUCCGAAAAGAAAAGAUGUUACUUUGUCGACCUUUUCGUGCGAGUUAGCAACAAGAACGCCAUAGCCAUGUACAAAGCUUUGGGCUAUGUUGUAUACAGAACGGUACUGGAAUAUUACUCGGGAGAUCCUGAUGAAGAUGCGUUUGAUAUGAGAAAAGCGUUAUCAAGAGAUGUUUUGAAGAAAUCAGUGAUCCCUCUCGAUCAUCCAGUAAGGCCAGAAGAGGUAGACUGAUGAUCGACGUGGAAUAAAUAGCAUUGAAUCAGAGGAUGAGUCACAACAAAGUGGAUAAUGGGAUGAGAUACUGUGCGCUGAAAAACAAUUAUAGAAAUAUGUUUUCUAAACUUUGAUAUUUGAUAUGAUUGCAUCUUGUCAUGUGUUAAUGAAUCUACGAAUGUAUGUUGAUAAUUAAAGUUAGUUAUUGAUUGAUUAGUAGAAGCCAACCUGGGGAAACCUGAAA